GCAAACGGUUAUUUUCGUUGCAUCUCCAGAAGCGCAGAAAAAUAGGAAGGAGGAAGAAGGAAGGGCGCGGACCCGACGGAAAGUAUUUCUUUGCUGACAUAAACAUCGAUCCGUGUUCGAUGGAGCAGCGGAUCCGCGUGUUGGUGCUGCUCGCGGCGCUGAGUUCCGUCGGAACCGCGCAAGAUCUUCGUUACUUCACGGACGGCAGCGAGUGGACCUUCGAGGUGAGGCCUCCCGUCACCGGGGAGAUCACGGGCAUAAUAUGGAAGUUCAACGGCGAUCGGGUGGCCGACUGGUUCAAAGACAUCGCUCCUUUGGAGAUUUACCCCAGGUUCAAAACUCGCUCGAGCCUGAACACGAGCACCGCCAUUUUGGUCAUCAAAGACAUGACCAAAAACGACGUGGGCGAGUACUCUGUUGAGAUCAACAACAAGCUCCAGAGCGGGAGAUAUGACAUGAAAUGGAUCCGUAAAGUCAACAAACCUGAAGUGAACGUUAGAGCGUGUUGGCGUAUCUCUGAUAAAUGCACCGUGACCUGCGACGGAGGCACCGAGGAGGCCGAACCCAUCGCGUACCACUGGAGAAUAGGAACAGAAUGGAAGAACCUGGCAAAGGACGUCAAGAUCACUCUGGUGGAUCAUGGAGGUGAGAAGGACAUCACCUGCCGGAUGAAGAACCCGGUCGGUGAAGCAGAGAGUGAACCGGUCAACAAUCCGCUCUACUGGUUACACUGGAGCAAAAUUGUGUUGAUCGUCGUAGGUCUGCUUGUGUUGGUUCUUCUUGUGCUCCUUAUUGGGUUGUGUAGAUGUAAGAAAAGGUCCCUUAAAACUCGAGACACACAAGAACCUAAACCUACUGAUCCAUCUAGUGACGCUGUAAAACCCAUCCUGUUAAGUGAAACUUGAACGUGAAGCUGUGAACUGUCUCACAACAUCUGUACCAACAUCUGUCCUCAAGGGAACCGUGGCUGCAGAAAACAACAUGUCAAUUGUGCGUUUUUUUUUAACAUCCAGCUGUGUGGCGCCGUGGACUGUUACUUGAUUUUAGAUGGAUGUUCGUUGGAGAAGAGCAUGAAAAAUGUGAUCUUGAUUUUGUCAUCUUAAAUACGCUUCUAGCUGGUUGCUGCCUGGUUUAUAUGCAACACAACACAUAUGAGAUGUAAAGUUAAAGUUGCUUGUAGUAAUGCACUUAGGAACGCUGUCACUGUUUUUUGAUGCUUUAAAUAACCGAUUAUUUGAAUGUACAUACACCAUGUUGAAAGUGCUUUUGAGUUGAUGUCAGAGCAUUUGGAGCAUCUAUAUGCAUCAUUAUUCAACUGCCUUGAAAAUAAAACGUUUGACUCUGCUA